GAGCCUCAGCUCAUGAUUGAUGUAUUUAUUAUCUUUAAAUCUUCGGUAUGGUGCGAGUAGCUUUGUUUGCCUCAAUUCCUUCAAGACAAUUCGUAUAUUGAUACUGGAUCUUUCAGAAGCAAGAUAAAUAGAAGAGCUAAUAGAUAUACCGUACAGUUCCUAAGGUGGGUAUAUAGUGCAUUUUUGGUAAUGGCCAGGCGAGCAAGGCUAGUGAGUGGUAUAUUGUGGGGUAAGCUCCCGAAGCGCAACAUCAAUUGAAGUUUCAACAGUACUCCAAAGUUUUUGGAAUUCUGAAGCUCCUCGACCUAUUUCAACCUUCACUCGAUCUCUAUACUUCAAAGUAGCAAUGUCGCGAAACGCAGCAGCUUCUGUCCUCCGAAGGGCUCUCCUCUAUGUGCCAUCAUCUUCACCCAAGUUUUUAGAGAAGUCCCGAGGUUUGAAAGUUGAUACUGUUGCGUAUGAUCUGGAGGAUUCGGUGACAUUGGGGAAUAAGGAAAUGGCAAGGAGAAAUAUAGUGGACUUUCUCAAGGGCGAAAGGCCGAAAGGUGUGGGAGAACUAGCUGUACGAAUCAAUUCCGUAUCAUCAGGCCUCGCUCUACAAGAUCUCACACAAGUCCUCAAAAGUCAACACCUUGACACUCUCGUAGUACCUAAAGUAAACUCGGCUUCCGAUCUCCACUUCAUAAAUGAUAUUCUUCGUCAUACCCUUCCCUCGCGACAUCCAUCUACUCCUGAAUCCACUUCGAAUCCAGUCAAAAUACUUGCUCUCAUAGAAUCUGCACAAUCUCUCAUAAAUCUCUCAUCGAUCUGUCAAGCAUCUCCCUACCUGCAUGGCCUAAUAUUCGCCGCGGAGGAUUUCUCUUUAGAUUUAAGCAUUACGCGAACACCUAGUCUAGACGAAUUUCUAUAUGCGAGAAGUCACAUAGCAACUUGUGCACGAGCAUUUAAUAUUCCAUCGACCAUUGAUUUAGUGUGUACUGCAUACCGGGGGAGUGAGGGACUAGCUCGUUUGGAAGAAGAAUCUCUUCAAGGAAAGGGUCUAGGGUUCAAUGGGAAACAAUGUAUACAUCCUUCCCAAGUGGACGUUGUUCAGAAAGCAUUUGCACCAGGGGAGAAAGAGGUAGAGUGGAGUGUACGAGUAGUCAUUGCGGAUGAAAAGGCGGAGAAGAAGGGGAAAGGGGCGUGGACAUUGGACAACAAAAUGAUUGAUGCUCCAGUCACAGGAAAGGCCAGAGAGGUAGUUAAGAGAGCAGAAUUGUGCGGUUUUGAUGUUGAAGCUAUGAGGGAAAAGUGGAAGGGCCAGGAACCCGAAUGAUAGGACAAGCAGUUCGACCUCUGUGUUUGCCAUUGACAGAUGACUUUUUCCGAAUCUUUUCAGCGAAAGACGUUCAUCCCAUCAUGCCUCAAGUCUCUGUAUGUACGUUAUUAUGCAGAAAGGUAUUUUUUAAAAGUAGAUGGCUAAACUCGUCCUCACCCAACCUACAUCAACCAUACUAAAUCUAUCCUCUUCUAGCUAUCACA